GAAAGUAGUUUGAGGUUUUAUGUCGCGUGCUUUGUGCCGUCUCGACGUAACCUGACUUAAUAUUUGGAAAAAAAAAAAUUAUACUUUUUCCGAAUGAAGUGAUCAAAUGCAGUGAAGUGCGCGUCGUGGCCUUUUUUUAUAUCGUCGAUUAUAAUAAUCUUCAUUUUGUAAAAAUGUAUUUUUUCUAUCGUUGACGUAAAUUUUUCAUUCACCAUCACCAUCAAUUGUGAAAAUGGCCCAGGAAACAGACGAUAUCAACUUAACUCCCCAGGAAUUGCAGAUACUUUCCGAGUUGGAUAGCCGUCAAUUUGGGUUUUUAAAACUCAAUUCUCCGGAGCAAGCGAAAAAGAAAGCUUUAGUGGUUCGUGCAAUUAAAUAUUUAGAAAGAAUGAUAGUGCAAGCUCAAUCGGAAAAACAGCAUAGAAAGGCUGACAGUACGAAAAUGAGUGUAGAUGAACCUAAAGAAAAUGAUGAUGAUGAUGACGAUGACGACGACGACGAUGAUGAUGACGAUGAUGACGAUGAUGAUGAUCGGGGUAUAAGCAUUGAUCCUAAAACAUACUGCAAACUGGGCCAUUUUCAUUUACUUCUCGAAGAUUACAAUAAGGCAAUGUCAGCAUAUCAAAAGUUCUACACUCUAAAGGGAGAUUAUUGGAAAGAUGUAUCGUUUCUCUAUGGACAAGGUCUAGUUUAUUUUCAUUUCAACGCCUUCCAAUGGGCUGUGAAAUCAUUCCAAGAGGUGCUAUGGGUGGAACCAGGAUUUACUCGGGCCUGCGAGGUUCACAUUCGAUUAGGUUUAAUGCUAAAAGUCCAUGGUGACUUUGAUGCUGCAUUAAAACACUUGACCCUUGCGUUAAUCGACGCAACCACACCUGCUUCUUUCUCCAAGCUUGAAAUUAAAUUCCACAUUGCACACCUGCAUGAAGUUCAGGGCAAAUAUCGUCUGGCAAAGGAUCAUUACGAGACACUGCUUAAGGAAAAAAGUCUACCCUCCCAUCUCAAGGCUGAUAUCUGUCGACAGCUGGGAUGGAUGUACCAUGUCGUUGAUUGCCAUCUUUUGGGUAUAACACUUCCGAGGCAGCAUAAACAAAAUAUUGCUAUUCAGUGUCUUCAAAAGUCCAUAGAAGCUGAACCGAAGAGUGGACAAAGUCUUUAUUUAUUAGGACGUUGUCUUGCUGCUUCUGGAAAAAUUCACGAGGCCUUCAUCGCUUAUAGAAAUUCAGUGGAAAAGUCUGAAAGUAAUGCAGAUACCUGGUGCAGUAUAGGUGUACUUUAUCAACAACAAAAUCAACCAACAGAUGCACUUCAAGCUUACAUAUGUGCAGUACAAUUGGAUAAAUCACAUUCAGCUGCGUGGACCAAUCUUGGAAUUUUGUAUGAAAGUGUCAGUCAACCCAAGGACGCAUUAGCUUGUUAUAUUAAUGCUUCAAGAGGCAAUAAUAAUACACCAAAUUGCACAAAUUCGCUGAUAAACAUCGGAGGAGCUAAAUCUAGUGGUAACGCUUCGAUGAACCCAUCUCUUCGGCAGCGCAUCAAUUUUUUGCAAAAUCAUUUGUGUCAAGCCCCAAUGCCUUCCGUUGCUACCACAAGACGGCAAUUGCCGCCAAUAGAUGAAGCUUGGAAUCUGCCUAUUAGUGCAGAAAUGUCUAGUAGACAACAGCAACAGCAGCCAGCUGCUGGAGGUCCAGGUUGUAGAUACGGUGGUACACCGGCACAUCCUCCACCUCCUUAUCCUCAAGGACAAGGACAAGCUGCUAACGUUAAGAGAUUUAAGACGGGAGAUGAUGCCAUUUCGCCUUGUGGACAACAAAGGCCGCCUUCAUUUUAUUUAAGCCCUCAACAAUUGCAAAUGUUACAAUGUUUGCAACAAAAUCAAGGCAGCUUAUCGCCCCAGCAACAAGCGCUUUUGGCACAAUUACAACAUCAAUACAGAGCAAUGCAACAACAUCAACAACAAACGAGAUUGCAACAGCAACAACAACAACAGCAACAACAAGCAACGCCACGAGGACUUCGACCUGGUCAACCUGGUUAUCCCGCGAGUUUUACACAUUCCCAGCCAGGACAACCGGGUGUUAUUAAAAAUUAUGGACUACCUCAACAACCGCAGGGCGGAACUGUGGCACUCCAAACUGGAUUUUCCGACUCAACAGUUGGUUAUAGUCCAGCGGCAACUGGAAACACUCAACAACCAGCAGGCAUGCCUUAUAAAUCGGCCUCUGAUCCAAAUUUCCCACCACGUCAACAAACACCCGGUCAAUACAAUCAAUAUCAAUCGAAUCAAUAUGGAAGUCAAGGUUUCACUCAAAUAUCAUCAACAACAAGUUGUUAUCCCGAGGGCUCAGCGGCAAAUAAUAAAGAUCUUGGCGUAACUGAUCAAGAGCUUCAAGCGCUUCUUUCACAAAAGGACAUUGCCACAACGUUAGCUGAGGAUUUACUCAAACAUUUUGGUUCCGAUGAUUUAGAUGAAAAGGACGUUGUCUCACCAAAUAUUAUGAAUAAUGGCACACUAAGUUCUGGUCCAUUUUCCCCGUCAAAUUUAGAAGACAGCAAUGAAAAGGUAAUGUUGGUGAAAGAUGUGAAAAUUGAAAAAACCGAUGACAUUGUCAUUCAACCCACAUCAACGUCGAAUAUUGUCAUUGACAUAAAUAAAGGAAUUAAACAAUCAAUGACUGUUAAAUGUGAAGCAACAUCGAGUACAAAUAAAGUUGAAUCAGUGUUGAAAUUUGAAAGUCUCUGCGAAUCACAACAGGAGCAAGAAUUUAAUAUUGAAAUGGAUUCAAAGGCAAUUAUUGAAUUAUCAAAAGGUCAGGGUUUAAAGGGCGUACCAAAUUGUUCAAUAUUAAGUGAUCGUUCACCGCCUCCUGCACCGCCCGAUCCACCGAGUCAACGUUUAACAAAAGAACAAUUAUUACCCUCAACACCAAGUGUUUAUUUGGAGAAUAAAAAAGAUGCAUUCAGUCCACAAUUACAGGAAUUCUGUUUAAAACAUCCAAUAGCUGUUGUUCGUGGUUUAGCGGCAGCAUUAAAACUUGAUCUUGGUUUAUUUUCAACGAAAACAUUGGUUGAAGCAAAUCCCGAUCAUGGUAUUGAAGUGAGAACACAAAUGCAACAGACGAGCGAUGAAAAUUGGGAUCAAUCAAUGGGUCGUCGUGUUUGGGGUUGUAUUAGUCAUCGUAGUCAUACGACAAUUGCAAAAUAUGCGCAUUAUCAAGCGUCGAGCUUUCAGGAGAGUUUAAAGGAGGAACGUGAUAAAUCGCAGGGUAUACAUUCGUCAAAUCUAUCGGAUUCUGAUUCAAAGGAUAGUACGGGCGUUGUGAGACGUAAGAAAAAUUCAUAUGGCGUUGUUGGUAGGCCGGCGUCAAAAAUGUUGAGAUUUGGAACAAAUGUUGAUUUAUCGGACGAGAGAAAAUGGAAGAUACAAUUGCAAGAACUUAUGAAACUUCCAGCAUUUGCGAGAGUUGUCUCGGCUGGUAAUAUGUUGAGUCACGUUGGCCAUGUUAUUCUUGGUAUGAAUACUGUACAAUUGUAUAUGAAAGUACCUGGUAGUCGAACUCCUGGUCAUCAAGAGAAUAAUAAUUUCUGCUCAAUUAAUAUCAAUAUUGGACCCGGUGAUUGUGAAUGGUUCGCAGUGCCUGACGCUUAUUGGGGAGUGAUAUGUGCUUUAUGUGAACGCAAUAACAUUAAUUAUCUUCAUGGAAGCUGGUGGCCUUCACUUGAAGAUUUAUAUGAGGAGAAUAUUCCUGUUUAUAGGUUUUUGCAACGACCUGGUGAUCUCGUUUGGGUUAAUGCCGGUUGCGUACACUGGGUACAAGCAGUUGGUUGGUGCAAUAAUAUCGCAUGGAAUGUUGGACCAUUGACCGCUCGUCAAUACCAGUUGGCUAUUGAACGUUACGAGUGGAAUAAAUUACAAUCAUUCAAAUCAAUAGUGCCGAUGGUUCAUUUAUCUUGGAAUUUAGCUAGAAAUAUAAAGGUAUCAGAUCCACGGCUAUUUGAGCUUAUUAAAAAUUGUCUCCUACGUACAAUGAGACAAUGCUGUCUGAUCCUUGAAUUCGUUAAAAGUAAAGGUGUUGAGGUCAGAUUCCAUGGACGUGGAAAGAAUGAGGCCUCACAUUAUUGUGGACAAUGUGAAAUUGAAGUAUUUAAUAUAUUGUUCAUACGCGAGCAAGAGAAACGUCACGUGGUACAUUGCAUGGAUUGUGCGCGAAAACAAGCGCCAUCAUUAGAGGGAUUUGUCUGUUUAGAAGAAUAUAGAAUGCGUGAUUUAAUGGAUGUCUAUGAUGGUUUUUCAUUGCAUACAACGUUAUCAGCUCCGGCUUCUCAUUCAGUUCAAACAACUCAAUCCUCCUGAGGUUACAUGCAACACAGAUAUUUGGACUACUUGAGUACACUUCAAUAACUUUAGUGGUACGAUCUCUGUAAAUAUUUCUCAUAAAAAAAAAAAGAAAGAAAAUAAGCAUCCUUAUGUACCUGAGAGCUACAACAGAAUUUCUCUUUUUUAUUUAUCAAAAAAGAAAAAAAAAAGAGAGACACUGUAUAAACGCGUCCGCACAGGAGUAAUUGUUACACAAUUUCACUUUUAGAUUUAGUAACAAAAAAACAAAAGAUGAUGAGUGUCAUUUGCUCCUUAAAACGCGAUUUCAAAGUUACCCGUAACUUGAUCUAAUUAGUUAGUUCUAAUUGUACAAAAAGAAAAGAAAAGUUUUUUACAAAAAAACGCUUAGUAUAAUUCCUUAAAAUAUAAGAAACGGACUAUAUCUUUCGAUUCCUGUGACAAGUCCGCGAGAGAAUGUGAAAUAUUUUUCCAUAGCUCUUGGGUACCAAAUUUUUUUUUUAAAUUCUAUUAACGAAAGAGAAAGAGAGAUCUCUUCGGGCAUGUAACACAGGAGUAAGAGUAUACCGUCUAACAAAGUGAUAUUUGAACAAUUCACCGUUUUUCUGAAAAAUCUUCGUAUUUUUUUUUUUUUUUUUUUUAUUAUAAAACGGUUAGCAAUCACAAUUGUAACAUAAAAAAAAUGUGAGUAUUUAAAAUUUUUUCUACUACGCAAAAAAAAAACUAGUAUAAUGUUAGAUAAUAUUUUUUUUGAGUUCUUUAUUGGCAAUUUUCAGAAAAAAAAUCCCAAUUGCCAAUAAUUUCUAAAAUUUUGAACUCAAUGAAAUUUUAUUAAAUCAUUGCUAGAUAAAUUUUUAAAUUAAACAAAAAUGUUUCAUUGAAAUAUUCGUAAUUUGAAAUUUUCAAAUUUGAAUAUUCUUUUUAGAGUGAACUCAAAUUGUUUUUAAGAUAUAUUUAAACGAAUUUCAUAUAUAUAUAUUUGAUAUUCAAAUUCAUGAAUUUAAUACUAUAUAUUUAUAGUUGAUUUUUUUAACACUUAAGACGAUAAUCCUAAUAUGUGAUACAAAAAAAAAAAGAACAUAAACUUUGUACAGAAGUUUUAAAAAACAAAUUUCUUUUUAUAAAUUUAAUCAGACUUAUAAAGUACUUAUUCACUGUAAUUAAAUAUUUCUUAUUUAUAUAUACGCAUUUCAGAAAAAAAAAUUACUUAAUCUUUACAUUUUUUUUUUUUAUCAUUUGAACGUAAAACAUCCUCAUUUUGGGGAUAAUUUUCAAAAAUCUCAGGGAAUUAAAAAUUCUUCAAUUUUGUAAAUAAAUUUUUUUUUUAGUUUUCUCAAAAAAUUUCAAGAUUGAAAAUUUCAUUACUCAUUCAAUAUUCAAUGAAAUUAAUUAAUUUCACAUUUACCAAAUCUGCAAAUUCUCUGUUUUUUUUCUUAUUGUUUUCUCUAUUGUGUAUAUGUAUGAAUUUUAAAAAUUCGAUCAAAUGCUUUUUUUUUGACUUUAAAUGACGACUUUCAAUUAAUAUUAAAAAUAUAAAAAUAAAGCAUCGCUCACUGCCAAAUGAUUUAAAAAAGUAAAAAAAAACAUGUUCUAAAAAUCACGAUAAAUUUAAUAGAAAGUCGUGAAUUUGUAGCUACUGUUGAUAUUGUUAAACUAGAAUAAAAUAGAUACAAAACUGCUCAAAAAAAAAAUUGAUUAAACGGUUAUACGUUAUUAUUACUUCAAAAGGGUUAAAAUUUAAAAUUGAAAAAAUUGUUGUACAUUUUUUUCUGAAGACAUUUUUUCCAAAAUUCUUAAAAAUUAAAUUUUUUAUUAAAAAAAAAGUAUUUUCUUUAAAAAAAAAAAUUUCUUUUCGAAAGUUAAAAAAAUGUCAAUUUCAAAAAGUAUUUGAAAAAAAAGUUAGUUUUAGAAAGAAAGAAAAAAAAAAAAAUUUUUGAAACAACUUCAAUAGGGUUAUUGCACGAAUAAUAUGGAUAAAUAUUUUAAAUAUUUAUGUGAAUAACAAAGCAGGAUUUAGAAAAAAUGUGUAUCAACUCUAUCGAAGAUGGAAUUUGCAAAUUUGGACUUUUUUUUACUCUAGGUAUAAAAAAAAAUAUAUAUUAAAAUCUCCUCAAGUUUUUACUUCUAAAUAUAAACAUAAUAUAUUCAGAUACAAUUUAGAAAAAAAAAAAAAAAGAAAACGAAAAAUCUUGUACAUAAAAAAAAAAUUGUGCAUUAAUUAUUUUCUCUUUAAAAUGAAAAAGGAGUAUUUUUUUUAAACUUCUAUUUCCUGCAAUGAUAGCGUAAUAAAAAAUAUUUUCCUUUUUCGUCAAUUCGCUUAAAUGUAAGAGAAAUAUAAAAAUUAAUUUUGAUGAUAUUAUCAUCAAAUAGUAAAAAAUUUUCGACUAGAAUUUUUAUACAAAAAAUUCAUUAAAUGAGAAAUUGACAAAAAUUCGUUUAGCGAUAAAUUAAUUAAAAUUAAAUUAAUUUUCAUAGUAAUGAAUUUUGAGUGAAAAAAAAUUUAAUUAUCUGAAUUUUUUUUCUAUCAUUAACUUAUUAUCGUAAAUUUUAAUUUCUCAUCAAUUUUAAUGACGAUAACAGAAAAAAAAAUUCUUUCACACGUUAAAUAACGUAACCGUGUCUAAAUUAUUUUGAAAUAGAGAAAAAAAUGCAAAUUUUUUUUUUUUUUUGAAAAAAUAUCUUGAAACAUUUUUUCAUAUAUAUAAAUAUGUAAAACAGUUUCCUAAUUAGAGUAUAGUUAAAAUUAGCAAUACGCUAGCUUAGAAUAUUCGAAAAAAAAAAUAAUUCAGAAAACUAUUUUAAUGGCAUGAAAUGAUCUCAACGUUAUGAUAUUGAUAGAAAACUUACAAUUUCUAACAAUAUUUGGGACUGAUAUAUGACAACUUCGAUUAUGAUUUAUAAUAAAUUAUGUAAAAAAUAUAUAUAGAUAUAAAUAUAUAUAAAUAUAUAUAUAUAUAUAUAAAUAAAUAUAUAAAUAAAUAUUAUAUUUAAUGUAAAUCGCUAAGAAUUUAGGGACCGAGAUAGAACUCGUAAGCUCGUGAGAGCUUUUUUUGGAAUGCAUGCGCGAGAAAAAAAUGUGUAUUUGUGUGAGAGAGAGAAAUGAUUUGAUUAUUUAUGCUGCUUGUAUUAUAUACAAAAAAAAAUACGGCUAGAAGUCGUAAUUAGCUAUGAUUGUGUAAAAAAAAAAAAAAAAAAAAAAAAAAAAAAUUGGUCUAAUUUGCAGCAUGAAUGAUCCAAUAAUAUUCUGUGGUUAGUUAAGUUUAUUAGGAAAAAUUCAAUUAGACGCUGUGACUUUGUUAUUUGAACAUUGCGUUUCAAGUAAUUCUUUAUUGUAUAGUUUAAAUUAAUUUUAAUUCAUAGAAUGCAUUUGCAAAUGCAGUGAACUACUUGUUUUUGCCUUUUUUUCUUUUUUUUCAAAAAAAAAUAAUUUUUGAAUCAUUUUUUUUUUUUUUUUGUUUUCUUCUACAAAUGUAGUUCUCAAGCUUUUCAAGUGAUUCGCAGCAUCGAAUAUUGGUUUUAUUAUAUAUAUACAUAUAUAUAUAUAUAAUAGUAAUCAUUGAGUCGAGUUGACACUUGUAUAUUUUUAAUUUAUUAUUCAAAAUUUAUAGCAAUUUUUUUUCUCUCUCUCUCUUUUUUAAAUGUGAUUCGAUUUGUUUUAUAAUAAGCAACAAUUUUUUUUUAGUGAUUCAGUUUCAAAAAGACUGUUAAAAUUAUUAUUAUUAUUAUUAUUAUUAUUAUUAUUAAUUUUUUGGAGGGGAAAAAAAUUAUUGACAAUUAGUAUAAUUAUUGAAAUUUGAGAAAAUUCUCAUUUUUUAAAAGUAAUAAUAAAAAAUUGAUUUCAAAUUUGAUUAAAAAAUGAAAUCGGAAUUUUUUUUUGUGACAACCCGACUUUUACGAUUAGCUAUUAAGUUUCUUUUCCAAAUGUUAAAGAAUUAUUUACUCUUUUUUGGGAAUUAGAAAAGAAAAUAGAUAUUUUUUUUUUUUAAGAAGAAAGUGAACGAUAUUUACACAAUCGCUAGGAUAUUAAACAAUGGCCAUAAAAAAGAAUGUAACAAAAAUCUUGUAUUAACUUCUCGUAGAGGAAGAAUUGUAUUUUGAUACAGACACAGAAUUUUGUACAAUUGAGAAUUAAAAAAAAAAAAAUCUGCCACAAAAAAUCAUGAAAUGAAAAAAAAAACACUAUUUUCGCUAUAAUAGUAUGAAUAGAAUACAAGAAACUAAAAAAAAAAAAACAGAAUACACAAAAAGGCUUGAGUUGUAUUCUAAACACUUCUUCAUAAAAAUAAAUCGAAUUACGCGGAAAAGCAAAACAGAAAUGUAUUUUUUUCGAAUGAUAAAGAUAUAAUAAAAUAUUUUUUAAAUUAAUUUAUAAUACAUAUUAACUCCCGUGUAGGCGAAAAAAAAACAAACAAAAAAGUAAACUGAAUUUCGAUGUGAGAACGUUCACUGCCAAAUUGUGAUACACAAAAAAAACCACCUUUUGCAGGUGCGUUUCCCUUAUCACCGAUCGCAUCGAUAAUUAAUAAAAAAAAAAAAAAAAAAUUGGAAAAGAAACAAUAUUUUCAAUAUACGGAUAUAAAUUUAUAAAAAAAAAAUAAAUAAAUGAAUAAAAAAAAUAUCGAUGCCCUCGGAUAUGUGGGAGGCGGCUCCUUAAUUAUAAGCAAUUAUAAUUUUAACAUUUAGUGAAUGAAAAAAAAGAAAUUCGAUAUUUUUAAACAGGUCAAUUUUACUGUUUAAAAAAAAAGAACGUCUUUGGACCGCCUCUAGCGCUCUUAUCUUAUGUGUACAGUGCCUUUGUAAUCUAAUAUCUUCGAAAGAAAAAAAACAAAACUAUUAAAUCUUCUAAGGAUACGUAAAUUUGUCGCGGUCUAUUGAGAAUUGAGGAAAAAAACAGUUUUUUUUUUCUUUUACAUUCUUCGAUGAUCCGAUGUUGUUUGUAUUUAUAGAAGAAAAAAAUUAAUAAAUUGAAAAAUCUUUCGAAAAUAAAGGUGCAGUCCCCUUUGUUAAGUGUCGCGAUUCUCAUCAUUAUUAAAUUUUAAUUUUUAAUAAUAAAUUAGUGUAUAGAUUUUUUUUUUCAACAAAAGAAAGAAAGAAAAAACAAAAAAAAAAAAAAAAAAAAAGAAAUGUAUCGUAUAUACAUAAAAAUUGUACAGUCGAGAUCUAAUUGUAGCUAUUAGUAUUAUUCUUAUCACUAUUCCAAUUAUGAUUUCUGGUAAAUUGUAAGACAUUGUGUUUACCACUAAAUAAUGUAAUAUACAGUUAUACAGAAUUCGUUUUCAUA